AUCGCUACAAACAAAAUGCUUUAUUAUCUCUUGCUUAAAAAAUCGGACUGUCAGUAAAGCGAAUCCGGAUAUAGAAAUAUAACAGAACAGAACUGUACAAGAAAAAGCUCUUUUUCAAACACCGACUUAUCGGUCUUUCAGAACACUGCUUAGAACAUAUCGAUAUCAAGAUCCUUUAUUGUUAUCGACACGUGCUGUCAAACGACAAAAUAGCCUUGUAUUAAAAGAGCACUCUUUUUUUUUUGCAUUUUUGAGAACAUCCUCAGCCAAAUGUCGCGAACUGUGAAUAGAGGGAAAACUAUAAAGAAGCGUGUCCAUAAAGAGCUGCCUAGUCGAAAGCCCUCCGAAAUGGAGAACUAUGAUCUUUAUGUGCUCACCUGCACGGAGUGCCAUCAUGCAUUUCCGCCACACUACUUUCGUGGCCAGAUCAGGGAGUUUCGCAUGUGCGAGAUGUGCAAGAAGAACAAUCCGGAGAUAUACAAGUAUUUGGAGAAAUACGUUUACCACCCGCGCCGUAACAAGAGCUGGCAACCAUUUCAGCAACGCCUGGACGGAAUAGCCCAGAAGUGCGAACUACUUAAGACUGAGCUGGCGGCCUACAAGCGUCAAUAUUGCGACAAGCCCUAUUCACCCAAUCCCGAUGAUGACGAUGUUGAUGCCCGGGCUGCGCAACUGUUGCAGAGUCUCAUCGAGAGGUGUGAGAGCUUUGAAUUGGAUCUGAAGGCCUGUAAGCCUAAUAAAGCAAGACAAGUCGAAGAUAAAUAGAAUGUGGAGACAAAGAUAGAGCAAUAAUUAUGUAAUACCAAGGGUUAUCCCCCCGUGGGUUGCACCAAUCGGUAUUAUCAACUAGUUAGCCCAGCUCGUUUGUGAUAGAUAUGUGCCUUAAUUUUCGGAAUAAACAAAGCUUACAUGGCUGCCUAAAUUGUA